UUCAUGGUACUCGAGACAUUUACACGUUUAGUUUAGUGAGAAAAGAAAGAGCUUUCAAUGACGAUCUAAAAUGAUACAGCCUAGCCAUCGUUUGCUCUACUUAAUCAAAGGUAUGAAUAAUAGUAAAUUGUAGUUGUCAGGAAAAGGAGAUUUUGAAGGAGCUACCGCAAAUUUUUCUAUAAAAAAUCCUAACCGUCUAUGAUAGAGUAAUCACACCUACAAGGUUGAGGAUGGGUCAGUGGAAAGGGACAACAGAUCCAACGUGGACAGCAUAUCCAACUGUGGCGCGAGUCACUGACUUGACGAAACUUUCGCUCAGUGUAAGGAAAGUCGCCAGCUCUCUGUGGUAGAAUUCACUAGGUUUGGUGGAAUCGAGAGGAAGGACAAGACACGGCUUGGUGCCCUGAAAACUACCUUCGCUAGGUAGUAUCAAAUACAAAGGGGUUUCCACAUAUCGAAAUCCAAGUUAUGGAAUGCAUAUUAUGAGUGAAAGAGAAUUGCCUGAUAGAAUGAUUAAAGCGCCUGCAGUUAAAGUUGUUCAAAAACCUCGAACUUCAGCCAGUUUGAUAACCAUGUGCUUCUUUAACUCAAGUGUACGGAAGCGUGUGUUCUGAUUGUUUCAAUUGACUCAGAACUAGGCUAGCUUUACAAGAAGCACGUGUUUGUUAGUUGAUCGUAGAAAUCAAAGGUUUUCUGUAUUGGAAAAGAAUUAAAGGCAAUACGAUGCUUGGGUGAAACCAUGAAAAAUGUUUUAGAAAACCGAAAAGCCGAAAUUUUUCACUGUUUACAGAAUAUACAGUGUCGCUAUAGGUUACGUAAUUCUGAAAAUUUUAAAAACUUUUUUACUAUGAGACGAGUAUUCAGCGCUGUCCUGCGGCUUCUGAAGGAGCGACGUGAUCAUUUUGCAUAUAGCCAGUCAAUGCGGUCGAUCUAGUCUUUAAAAGGCAGUAAUUAAAUCCUGCAGAAAGUAACACUGCAGCUCAUUGUGCUAGGCAGGUAUCGCCAAUGAAAUUAUUUUAAUUCGCCUGUUUUCAGAGAGCACCGUCGCUAAAGUACAGAAUUUGCGCCCAUUCUUUAUAUCUGUCAUAUUGAUACCCAGUUUGCAGUGCAGGGGUUAUACUAGCCUUAUUGAAAAAUAUUUUCAGAGAUCUUUUUUCAUCGCAACCUCGGAAGGGACAGCAUAUUGUGAAUUGAGCUGCUUUUACACGAGGCUGAUCGUGACCAUAGUCAAUAGAAUGGUGGGCAUCAGCCCGUCCUCGCUUUUAUGGACUAUGCUGAAACCAGGACGGAUGUCAGCCUGUUAAUGAUAUUUUUGUCAAAGCAAAUAUUUCACCGAAGAUUGGAAGUAAAACUUUUCAGCUUACUCUAUAGAUGAAGCUGAAAUGUUGCAGCUGAUGAUUAACGCCAAUUUCACUGCAACUAGAUUACAAUAAUUGACGUUGAUUUCAACUGACUGUGGUAUGAAGAUGACACAAUGCCGCAGGCGCUUUUUUGAUGACAAGGACAGGCUCAAGAACCUUUGAAAUUUCUUUUUCACUAUUUUAAAUUUUAAGAAACUUCGUUUGAUAUUCGAGCUAUGAUCCAGCGUAAAUUCCCCUUUUGUUGCUAAAUCAUGUGGACUAAAUCCCAAACAGAGGUUGACAUAUUUCUUUUUAUUCCCAUGAGCCAGAUACUUCAUGAAGGAAAUUCUGUAUAUGCUGUAGUAUAGUGUAGAUGUGACUGUUGUUGUCACACUGGGCUUUCGCCUGCAUUACGGCCGUUGCAUGUCGUCUUCAUGGUGUCCAAGCAACUUGUAAAAACUUCGCAAAAAUCUCAACUUCAACUCAACUCUACAUUCUGAAGUAGAAUGCUACGCGAUAACAAUUGUCUCCGGGACAAUUACCGCCCUGGACACGCGUGGGCUUUGUUCCUCAGAAUAUCGUAACGCGUGUUUUAGCACUUUGUCUGGUUGCUUAGAAAUGGAUAUUUUUGUUUCUAGAUCUAGAGGCUACAUUUCUUUUCAACAGUCUACGAAAAGGGGGCAAGAUUUUUCUUUUGAGAAAGCAGAAUUGACAAGGCUGGAAUUCGUGUAUACUGACUAAGAAUAACUACUUUCGAAGAGCACCAACAUUUGGAUAAAAUGCCAAAAUACGUGGAUGACUACACUUCGAGAAAGCACCAAAUGUCUUUAAGUAAACUCCAGUCUCCUAUGACUACAAAAUGGCUUCACGAGAACUAUGAAAUUUGCAGUGGCGUCAGUCUGCCCAGAAGCUCUUUAUACAGCCAUUAUUUAGAUUUUUGCCAAAAGAGUGGCCUAGAGCCAGUUAAUGCAGCCAGCUUUGGAAAGGUUAUCCGCAACACAUUUCCAACUCUGAAGACAAGAAGACUUGGAACAAGAGGCCAAUCAAAGUAUCAUUACUAUGGGAUAAGCGUAAAAGAAUCUUCUCCCUAUCACGAUUCGGUUUGCAACUCUACUCGUCAGAGUGUCUCGGGCUUUAACCAAACGUACAGCAAGCAGGCAACAGAUGAAAACGUGCAGGUCUCUUCUGCUAAAAAUAACGGCCAAUCUGCACAGCUAACUGCUGUUUCAAAUAGUGUCCUGCUACCUGACUUUCCUUCUGCGGAUAGCAUUGGCAUUAAAGAUCCGAAGACUAAAGAAAAGAUUAAAACAUUUUUAAUCAUGUAUCGAGCCCACUGUCAAAGAAUUCUUGACACGAUUUUGAGAGCCAAUUUUAGUGAGGUUCAACAUUUUUUGCUCCACUUUUGGAGAGGCAUGCCACAACAUAUUGCUGUUAUUCUUGAUAUUAAAGAUGUUAUAGAACUAAUUGCCAAUUGCGAUAACAUCUUAUAUAAGGCUGUCAGUGGAGUUCUGAUCCCCGGUACUUUGCAACCGUUGCCUGCCAGUUUGACUCAAGCAAUAAGACAAUUCGCCAAACAACUGUGUAGUUGGCUUGAAACCUCUUUGCGGCAUGUCCCUGAAAGUCUUUCAGAUAAAAAAUUGACAGUUGCAAAAGCCUUUUGCCAAAUAUUAUGCAGACAAACUUCACUUUCCCAUUUAGCGCAGGCUGCCCGAACCGUGUUGCAUAGCACUGACCCAGUGAGCCAAAUGGCAGAGGACCUGAGGCAAGUAAAAGUGUCAACAAUAAUUGAACAAACCUUAUGGAUGACGUCGAAAAGACCCGAAAAAGACUUCAAACAGAUCUAUUCAUAUUUUGAUGAGUUUGCAAGUCUUCUUGAGCAACAAGCUACUGUCGACCAGUAUACAGACUGGGUUUCAGGCCUCGUCAAUAGAUGUGUCAUCAAGCCAAGUGAACAAGAAGAGAAGUCAUUUCAGUCGUGUGCUCAGAAUUUCCUGCUUAUAUGGUCAUUCGUUUGCUCAAAAGUUAUUCAAGAACUGACCCUUAGGAGUGCAAAAAGCUUUGGAUCGUUUCAUUUGCUUCAAAUGCUGUUUGACGAUUACAUAUUUUACUUGAUCGAGUCACAUGCCAUUGUUUCCGAAGACGCCGAAGAUAGCUCCUAUGAAUUUUCAAUAAUACGAAAUCGAAUUUCAGAUAAUACUGACUUUCGUAUGUACAACGAGAGCCUUUACACAGAUCUGAAUCAAAAGCCGAGAUCUUUUCAAAGUGCUCAUUUAGGAAGAGGAGUUUUGCCAAGCGAUACCCAAGAAGAACGAGAUAUUGCUAACAUCCAGUCAGCCAUGGCACUACCAUGUACGUUCUUGCCAUCAAGCCGCGUUCUACACCCGGCUCACUUCCCCUGUGAAAGUUCCAUGCACCAGUCUGAACCUGCAUAUAGUGGUUUUGUGCCUUACAGUGGCCGCGAGCAAGGCAUUACUGAGGAGUCAGGGCUGACGUAUUACGAGGAUCGUGUCAGUAGCAAUUCACGACCAUACAAGCAACAAUUUGAACUUGGGGGACAAGGCUUCAAUGGACCAUUUUUAACUCAGGAGCUUGAAAGGCUUCAUAUGUCAUAUGGUACUGAAAACCUCUUUGAUAGAAAUUAUUUUUUUCAACGAGAGUUAAGGGCAUGAGAUGAUAUUACUAGUAAUGGUAUGGAUUUUUAAAGUGUUACAAUUUGCAACACAGAAGGGAAAAUGGAAUGGGAUGAAAGACGUAGUAAAGGUGUCAAUGCAUCUUUCAUUGGUUUAAGAAAAAAAGCUUUGAUUUAUGGAGGGUCUCCUUGAUUAAGAAAAAAAUAUUUUAUGACUUUACAUUACCACAAUGGGGGUCUAGGUAUGCAAAGUGAGAAACAAAGGAUGUAAAAAUAAUUAGCUUUCUUUCUUAAUUGAGCAUCCAUAAAUAGUUUUAACUAUUACCAAGGCCGAACGAAUUUCACACGUUUUCUCGUAUUGAAGGCAUGACUCAUAAUAUGGGAGUAAAUGGUAAAUAGUUGCAAAUACUAUAAAUACUACUUGCAAAUACUACUAGUCUCUAAGAGAGGAUUGUUUGAGAUAUGCUAUAUCCUGGCUAUUUAGGCCCCAUAUCAAUGUAAAGAAUUUCCCAUAGUCAAAAGCUUUAUAAUUCAAAUUAAUUGAGCCAUUCUGAAAGUCUUCAUUAUCGAGCAAACGUGUUGACUGAAGUCUGCUGCUGUCAGCAACUGAAAAGCUGGCAAUAAACGACAGUGCUUCCAGGCGUAGCGCUGGAAAUUAAAAGAGAAAUAGUGCUGACAAUUAAAAGCUACUUGUUUUAACAGCUUCGAGAUUUCGCAACUGUUGUCUUUAUUUACUUAACAAAAAUAUAAAUAUAAUACAGCCAAAAUGCAACAAAAUGUGAAGAAGAAAUAGUUGAGUUAACUUAAAUUAGCCUCCUCUUCAUCUCAAAACUUACUCCACCGUCACUAAAUUCUAAUUGAAAAGUUCGAGAAAAGUUUCAAGAAAGGAUAUCGUGAGGAUGUACAGCCCUAAUAUCGACCUUGUUUUUUUGUAUAGCUGUCAUUGUUCAGUAGAUAAAUCGGUGUUAUAAUAGAGAAAUAAAAUUACGGAUGGCCUAAGAAAUAUUCUCGUGUUCUUUCCUGUAUUCAUACGUUAUCAGGAAUGGUUUAGAUUAAUAGUCUUUGAUAAUAAAGGUCCGAUAUUAUAAUUUGUCAACUAUCAUAUUUUCUGUAGUAACAUGCUUGUCGCAUUUUGAUAAAUUAUUUUUGCAUUUAAAAUGUAUUGAAUGCAUAUUUUUGUAUAGAUUGUUUAAAUUCAAAAAUAUUUACUUUAUUACCUUA